GCCGGCGCGCCCCCUCUCGGCCGCCAUGUUGGCUGGCGUGUGGGUGUCAAACGCUGCACGGGCUCGGGUCGCUCCCGCCUCUCCAGCGUUGCCGGCGGCUGCAGCCUUGCACUCGCGCGGGCCGGGAACGGAGGGCAUGGCUUCCAGCUUCUGGGACCUGAGGCUUUGGAGGAGGAAAUGACUGUUGAGUGUUUUUCUGUUCCAUCUGCAUCACCAACACUGAAACUUACUAGAGUGCAGGCUUAUGGACAGGAAAGUUUCUCUUGAAGGGCUUUACAUUUCUAACAGAGGAGAAAAAUGACAACUUCAUCUAUCAGACGGCAGAUGAAAAACAUUGUGAACAAUUACUCAGAGGCUGAAAUCAAAGUUCGGGAAGCCACGUCCAAUGACCCUUGGGGUCCAUCCAGCUCUCUGAUGACUGAGAUUGCUGACCUGACCUACAAUGUAGUGGCCUUCUCGGAGAUCAUGAGCAUGGUUUGGAAAAGGCUUAACGACCAUGGCAAGAACUGGCGGCACGUGUACAAGGCACUGACACUGCUGGACUACCUUAUCAAGACGGGUUCCGAGCGGGUGGCCCAGCAGUGCCGUGAGAACAUCUUUGCCAUUCAGACUCUGAAGGACUUCCAGUACAUUGACCGUGAUGGCAAAGACCAGGGUAUCAACGUACGAGAGAAAUCAAAGCAACUGGUUGCCCUCCUCAAAGAUGAGGAGCGGCUGAAGGCGGAGAGGGUCCAGGCCCUCAAAACCAAAGAGCGCAUGGCUCAGGUGGCCACUGGCGUGGGCAGCAACCAGAUUACCUUUGGCCGUGGCUCCAGCCAGCCAAACCUUUCUACCAGCUACUCGGAGCAGGAGUAUGGCAAGGCUGGGGGCUCACCGGCCUCCUACCAUGGCUCACCAGAGGCCUCGCUGUGUCCCCAGCACCGCACAGGGGCCAUGCUGGGUCAGAGUGAGGAGCUGCAGCCACUGAGCCAGCGCCACCCCUGCCUGCCGCACCUGGGCCUAGCCUCCCGGCCAAAUGGCGAUUGGGCCCAGCCCUGCCUCACUUGUGACCGCGCAGCCCGAGCUACUUCCCCACGAGUGUCCUCCGAGCUGGAGCAGGCCCGGCCACAGACGAGUGGAGAAGAGGAGCUGCAGCUGCAGCUGGCACUUGCCAUGAGCAGAGAGGUGGCAGAACAGUCAUCAGAAAGCGAGCAGACAGCCAGAGGCAGCAAGGAAGAACGCCUCAGGCGGGGUGAUGACCUCAGAUUGCAGAUGGCUCUGGAAGAAAGCCGGAGAGACACAGUUAAAGUUCCAAAAAAGAAAGAGGUGAAGGCUUGCUGCAAGCCAGGCUCCCACUCACAGCAGACUACUUUGUUGGAUUUAAUGGAUGCCCUUCCCAGCUCAUGCCCUGUUACCCAGAAAACUGAACCCUGGGGUCCAGGGGCCUCUGCUAACCAGACCAACCCCUGGAGUGGAACAGCGGCUCCUGUGAACAUUUCUGACCCCUGGCCGUCAUUUGGUACCAAGCCGGCUGCCUCUGUGGACCCAUGGGGAGUGCCUACCACAGCCAGCACACAGUCUGUUCCCAAGAACCCAGACCCUUGGGCAGCCUCACAGCAGCCUGCCUCCAGUGCUGGGAAAACAGCAGAUGCCUGGGCAGCUGCCAAGCCCAGCUCUGCCUCAGGGUCUUUUGAACUCUUCAAUAAUUUCAAUGGUACAGCUAAAGAUGACUUUUCUGAAUUUGACAACCUUCGAACUUCAAAAAAACCAGCCGAGUCAGGGGCCUCAGUCCCAGCCCAGGACAGCAGAACCACAAGCCCUGACCUCUUCGAGUCUCAGCCCCUGACUUCUGCCUCAAGCAAGCCUAGCAGUGCCCGGAAAACGCCUGAGUCCUUCCUGGGCCCCAAUGCGGCUCUGGUGAACCUGGACUCACUGGUGACCAAGCCUGCUCCACCAGCCCAGUCCCUCAAUCCCUUCCUGGCACCAGGUGCUGCCACCCCAGCCCCUGUCAACCCCUUCCAGGUCAACCAGCCCCAGCCGCUGACACUGAACCAGCUUCGGGGGAGCCCUGUCCUUGGGAGCAGUGCAUCUUUUGGAUCUGGUCCAGGGGUGGAGCCUGUGGCCCCCGUGACCUCAGUAGCCCCACACUCAGCCUUGGGGGCCAGUGGCUCUUCAUUGACCCCACUAGGCCCUACAGCAAUGAAAAUGGUAGGCAGUGUGGGCAUUCCCCCGUCAGCAGCUCAGGCAACGGGCACAACCAACCCCUUCCUUCUCUAGUGCCCAGGCUGGGACUUGCCUGAGUGAACACCAGAGUGCCGAGCCCAAGGAUGUCAAGUGGGGACUCGCUCUGAUUUGUGUAGUGGCUGAGAACAUGGCGGUAGGGGUGUUAGAGCUUCAGGUCCAGCUUCCUGGUGAAAGGGUGGUUGCUAUAGUCCAGACCUUCAGGCUGGAGUACGGGUGGGAUGGUCUCACUGUCCUAGCCGGCCCCGUUUCUCUUCCUAAGUGCUCAGCUCUGACUGUGCUCCACUGAGGUCUUGAACUAGGAGGUGUUACCAGUGUUGUCUAAGAUUCUGGGAUGCUGUCUCACCCAGGACUUGGGACAAUCAUAUUGUGUGCCCCACCCCCAGUGAUCCUCAGGGUGUGGACAAAGUGAAGCUCUAGCCCCACACCACACUGACCGUUGAGAAGUGGUUGUGCAUAUUUUAUUUUCCUUUGACUCGUGGGAGUCCAAGGUAAACAGCACUAGUGUGGGCUUUGCGCUGACCAGAGCACAGCCUGCCCCGUGGCUCUGUGCUUGUGCACGUUUGCACAUUUUGUUGAGUACAGUUUCAUAUUUGAGUUUGCAAAAUUAUCUAAUAGUCUUUUUUUGGCUAAUAUUUUUAUAAUGUGGUUCUUAUUUAACUGUCUAGUUUUGAUAGAAUUGACCAAGUCUGGCUGAAUUAAGGUCUUGGCACGUAUUAUUUUAGUGGUCUAAUUUCUCUUAUUUAUGGUCUUAACUGUAAGAAAACUUUAAAAGAAGAGAUAUUUGGAUGACAAAAAUAUGCCUUAUGGAAAACUAAGCAAAUUCUUUAUAGGAAAAAAAUUCCAGAAUUUGAUUACACAAAAACCUUUUUAUUAAAACAAAAACUUGCAACAGUAACAAAACCCUGCAGCCUCCAGUUGCCUUUCCCCUUCCUCAGCUCUUCUGAUGAAUUACCAAAUCAGCUGACUCUUGAGCCUUUUCGCUUAGAUCCUGAGAGGCUUUUUUACUAGUAUAUUGACAUCUUAAUGUUAAAGGGAAAACAGACAAGGCGUGAGUGUGACUCGCAGGUUUUAUCAACUCCUCCCUCCCUCUCUUUGUACCUGGCAUACAGGGAUUGCCCGGAACUUCUGUUUACUGCACACCAGAGGUGCGGCUGGCUGCGCCAUCAUCAUGCUCAGGUUAAUGAGACUGUGUGAAAAUGGGGGUGGCUGUGCACUUCUGGGCCCAUGGGUCAUCAAGGCUAGUCUCCAAGCUGAGUUAGGACAGGGCCUGACCCUGAUGUGUCUGCCGCCAGCUCCAGCUCAGGCUGUUGACCAGGAAGUGAUCCUAUCUUACUUUGGAGAUGAAAGAAUCCUCACAUGGCGUCGAUUUUUAACAGACGCUCACUGAUGCUAUAUUCCCUCCCAACCUUCCGAAUCCUCACUCUACUCACUCUUAAGGAAAGUAUUAAAUCCUGAAUUAGAGACCACUGACUUGACUUUUCUUCAGAGAAAGGACUGCCCCUUCUUGGUCCUAGCAGUUUGUGUGCUGGCUUUUCUGCCUUGUCUUGCAGUAUGAACUUCUUACCUUCAACUCCAAGGGCACCCAACCACCUGCCAGCCCCUCUCUGCAUCCAGAGAAAGUUUUGGUCCUCAGCACCCACAUGGUUGACUCAGUGGUUCCUGCUUGAAGGAGGACUGCACUCAACGCCCCUCAUGAGUCUGAGAGCCCACCUGCUGCUCCUAGGCCCCACACACCAAGGGCCCUUCCUAACUACCUACUUCUCCCAGGACUAGCGGCCUAGGGGGAGGCGUGGGCUCUGCUGCUCAGGAAGGCUGGUGACUGGUGACCUCCUGGAGAGGUGGAGACAUUCGGGACGGGAGGUGGGCAGCGUUUCAGAUGGCGCUUCCUUCCGAUUGUACAGGCCAGGUCCAGCUCUGCCUGCUGGGGGCCAGUGAUUCUGCUGUAGAAGAUGAGGGCCCUUCCGACUGAGGCCCCGCCCCAGUAGCCCCUGAGUCCCUCCUCCCACAGCCACCCAGCGCACGUCCCUGUUGCCCACUGCACUGAUCAUGAAGGCACUGGCCACUGCUGUGUGUGUUGCACACGUGCCACCAUGCCCUCCUGACGGACACCCUAGGGAAGUCAUCCAGCUGUUUCUCAGUCCCAGGGCUGGUGGUUGGGUUUGGAUUUGUGUUGACUGUUGAUACUUAUUUACUGUAUAAAUAUAAUUUAUCAUUUGUAUCAUGA